UCAUAUGUAUUCCGAAUUUAUGUUGGAAUUGUGUGUGUAGUUGCAUCGUGUUGCAGAAAUUAAUUAUGUUUAAUGAAUCCUGUAAAUAAGAUUAAUCUAGAUAAAUGAAGGUUCUUUAAGAAAAAUACAAAAGUUUUAUUAUAUUCUAAUGAAUAAAAGUAAAAUUUCGUUAUAACAUAAAAUAAACAUCCGGCAGUGAUAAAUAAUGGGUCCACCAAAACGAUUCAAAAAAGAUAAUGAUAGAGGCAAAUGGAAAAAACGUAAAGAAGAUCCAGAAGAAUAUAAUGAAGAUGAUUCUAUAGACGAUAAUGAGGCAGAUGGUGUGCCAGAUGCAGCUAAAAAUGAUGUUGAAAAACAAGAUGAGACAGCAUUAGAAGAUGAAUUCGGUGCAAAAGAUUACCGGUCUCAAAUGAUUUUAAAACCUGAUUGUGCAACAAGACCACUAUGGGUGGCUCCAAAUGGACAUAUUUUCUUGGAAUCCUUUUCACCCGUGUAUAAGCAUGCACAUGAUUUCUUAAUAGCUAUCUCUGAACCUGUAUGUCGACCGGAACAUAUUCAUGAGUAUAAAUUAACUGCUUACUCCUUGUAUGCCGCUGUCAGUGUUGGUCUUCAAACACAUGAUAUUAUAGAAUAUUUAAAAAGACUCAGUAAGACCAGUAUCCCUGAUGGGAUCAUAGAAUUUAUAAAAUUAUGUACAUUAUCAUAUGGAAAGGUAAAACUAGUGUUAAAGCACAAUAAAUAUUUUGUUGAAUCUCCGUACCCUGAAGUAUUACAAAAAUUAUUGAAAGAUCCAGUGAUUCAAGAAUGUAGACUGAGAAAAAACGUAGAAGACGAGAAGGAAGAAAUAAUUACGAAUGUUCAAAGCAAAACAAAAAUUCCACAAUUUGGGGCAAAAGCAAUCACUAAUGUUCCAGCUGGAACAACUAAAGUACCUGAGACUACCAAUGAUCAAGUGCCAGCUGAAACUGCUGCAGUUCCAGAAGAUAUAACUACCUUUUACGAUAAAAUGGACAAAGAAGAUGAAGACGAAGAAGAAGAGCAAGAAUUGAAAACUGUUAGUUUUGAAGUGAACCAGGAAAAAAUUGAAGUCAUACAGAAAAGAUGUAUAGAAUUGGAGCAUCCGUUAUUAGCAGAGUACGAUUUCCGUAAUGAUACAGUAAAUCCAGACAUAAAUAUUGACUUAAAACCGUCAGCUGUACUCAGACCUUAUCAAGAGAAGAGUUUAAGGAAAAUGUUUGGUAAUGGACGUGCUAGGUCCGGUGUAAUCGUUUUACCUUGCGGUGCUGGUAAAAGUUUAGUGGGAGUUACAGCUUGUUGUACAGUACGAAAACGUGCGUUGGUAUUAUGCAAUUCUGGAGUGUCAGUAGAACAAUGGAAACAGCAAUUUAAGAUGUGGUCCACUGCCGACGACUCAAUGAUUUGUCGGUUCACGAGCGAAGCUAAGGAUAAACCUAUGGGCUGUGGAAUUUUAAUCACAACGUAUUCUAUGAUUACACACACUCAGAAACGUUCUUGGGAAGCUGAGCAAACCAUGCGAUGGCUUCAGGAACAAGAAUGGGGAAUCAUGGUUUUGGAUGAGGUACACACAAUUCCUGCAAAAAUGUUCAGAAGGGUCUUAACUAUUGUUCAGUCCCAUUGCAAAUUGGGUUUAACUGCAACUUUAUUGCGAGAAGAUGAUAAAAUUGCUGACCUGAAUUUCCUUAUCGGCCCCAAACUCUAUGAAGCUAAUUGGUUAGAACUUCAGAAAAGGGGUUUCAUCGCGAGAGUGCAGUGUGCGGAAGUUUGGUGUCCUAUGACGCCAGAAUUUUACAGAGAAUAUCUUGGUUGUAAAAUGAGCAAAAAAUUGUUGCUCUACGUGAUGAAUCCUAACAAAUUUCGUUGUUGCCAAUAUUUGAUACGGUAUCACGAAAGACGUGGCGACAAAACGAUUGUGUUCUCGGAUAACGUUUUUGCUUUGAAGCAUUACGCUAUAAAAAUGAAUAAACCAUACAUUUAUGGUCCUACCAGUCAGAGCGAACGAAUACAAAUCCUGCAAAAUUUCAAAUUCAAUACGAAAGUGAACACGAUAUUCGUGAGUAAAGUGGCAGAUACGUCGUUCGACUUACCGGAAGCUAACGUCUUGAUUCAAAUAUCCUCGCAUGGUGGUUCUCGACGUCAGGAAGCCCAGCGAUUGGGUAGAAUUUUAAGAGCUAAGAAAGGGGCGAUCGCAGAGGAGUACAAUGCUUUCUUCUACACGUUAGUUUCACAAGACACCAUGGAAAUGAACUAUUCGAGAAAACGUCAACGGUUUCUUGUGAAUCAAGGAUAUGCUUAUAAAGUUAUCACGAAACUUGCAGGGAUGGAUGAAGAACCAGAUCUGAUGUACGCGACUCGAGAAGAGCAGGGCCAUUUAUUGCAACAGGUUCUCUCUGCCAGUGACAUGGAUGCCGACGAGGAAAGAAUACCCGGAGAAGGUCCCAGACCCAUUGUACGCAAGGCCGGUAAUCUGACGUCGAUGUCUGGCGCUGACGACGCAGUUUAUUACGAAUACAGAAAAGCCCCUGGCUCGUCCACCGCGAACAAACAUCCAUUGUUUAAAAAGUUCAGGGCUUAAUCGUAAAUGUAUUUAUCGGUUAGUAUUAAUUUUGCGACUGAUUGAAAGAUAAUUUUUUAUAUAUUUAAAUUUUGUAUACAUUUUAUACGGAUUCGGCGUACACUGCUGGAAACGAAGGUGAUACCUUGUUCUUCUGUUGUAAUCACUGAACAGAUUGUUAUUGCGAUACUUUGCUCGAACGUGACAAUCAAUAACCUGUACACCGUCUAUAUAGAACACUACACGCGUUUUGGUUCUUGGCAAACUUGAUACGCUCAUGAUUUACAUGGCAGUAAUACACUUUACGUAAAUGUAAACUCGUAACUCGGUUGAUUUAAGUAACGCGAUAAGGACAUACCCGAUAAAUUUGUUAGCACGUAGCAAUGACGGUCCCCGCUCUAUUUAUCAAAGGCAGGUCACCGCUCUAUUUAUCAAAAGGAGCUUAGCUGAGCCACACCUGAAGAAAAGGAAGAAUUACAUGUGUCCCUUGUGUACAUAUUUACAGUGAAACUUAUCUGAAUACUAGUUUAAGAUGUAAUAGAAGCAACCUAAAUAAACAACCAUGCCGCUACCGAUGUAAUUCCCAGAUGAAAGUAUCCAUUCUCUUGUUCGCCUCUAGAAAAUUAAAUACCUGUAUCGCUGACAAUAUUAUUGCGA